AUGGCGAACGCAGCUGUCGUGGUUCCCGUAGCGUGGAUAAAGAACUGGGAGAAAUCAGGGAGAGGUGAAUUUUUGCAUUUAUGCCGGAUCCUCAGUGAACAUAAAAGCCAUGAUAGUUCAACUUAUAGAGAUUUCCAGCAAGCUCUUUAUGAGUUAUCAUACCAUGUCAUUAAAGGAAAUCUAAAGCAUGAACAGGCAUCUAAUGUUCUUAAUGACAUUAGUGAAUUUUGUGAGGACAUGCCCUCCAUUCUUGCUGACAUAUUCUGCAUAUUAGAUACUGAGACAAAUUGUUUAGAAGAAAAAAGCAAGAGAGACUCUUUUACACAACUGGUAUUAGCAUGUUUGUACUUCGUUUCAGACACAGUUCUAAAGGAACGCUUGGAUCCAGAAACGUUGGAAUCAUUAGGGCUUAUCAAACAAUUACAGCAAUUCAAUCAAAAGUCAGUUAAAAUCAAGACAAAACUCUUUUAUAAGCAGCAAAAAUUUAAUUUGUUAAGAGAAGAAAAUGAAGGUUAUGCCAAGCUGACUGCUGAAUUGGGGCAAGAUUUAUCUGGAAAUAUUACUAGUGAUUUGAUCUUAGAAAGUAUCAAAUAUUUAAUAGGAUGCUUUAAUCUGGAUCCCAAUAGAGUUCUGGAUGUCAUUUUAGAAGUGUUUGAAUGCAGGCCAGAACACGAUGACUUCUUUAUAUCUUUAUUAGACUCUUACAUGAGUAUGUGUGAACCGCAAACACUGUGUCAUAUUCUUGGGUUCAAAUUCAAGUUUUACCAGGAACCAAAUGGAGAGACUCCUUCAUCUUUGUACAGAGUUGCAGCAGUACUUCUACAAUUUAAUCUUAUUGAUUUAGAUGAUCUUUAUGUACAUCUUCUUCCAGCUGAUAAUUGCAUUAUGGAUGAACACAAACGAGAAAUUGUAGAAGCUAAGCAGAUUGUUAGAAAACUGACAAUGGUUGUACUGUCUCCUGAUAAAAUUGACAAAGGAGAGAAAGAAGAGGAGAAAGUGGAGAAGCCACCUGACAACCAAAAACUUGGUUUGUUGGAAGCCUUGUUAAAGAUUGGUGAUUGGCAGCAUGCACAGAAAAUUAUGGAUCAGAUGCCUCCAUACUAUGCAGCUUCACAUAAACUAAUAGCCCUUGCUAUUUGCAAGCUUAUUCAUAUAACUGUUGAGCCUCUCUACCGAAGAGUGGGCGUUCCUAAAGGUGCUAAAUGCUCACCUGUUGAUGCUUUGCAAAAUAAGAGAGCACCAAAACAAGCAGAGAGCUUUGAAGAUUUGAGGAGAGACGUCUUCAAUAUGUUCUGUUACCUUGGUCCUCACCUUUCUCACGAUCCCAUUUUAUUCGCAAAAGUGGUGCGGAUAGGCAAGUCAUUUAUGAAGGAGUUUCAGUCUGAUGGAAGCAAACAAGAAGAUAAAGAGAAGACGGACGUUAUCCUUAGCUGCUUGCUUAGCAUUACUGACCAGGUAUUACUUCCAUCUCUUUCUUUGAUGGGCUGCAAUGCUUAUAUGUCUGAGGAACUGUGGGGAAUGUUUAAAACAUUUCCAUAUCAGCAUAGAUAUCGUCUGUAUGGCCAGUGGAAGAAUGAAACUUACAACAGUCAUCCACUUCUAGUAAAAGUUAAAGCUCAAACAAUAGACAGAGCCAAAUAUAUCAUGAAGCGUCUAACCAAGGAAAAUGUGAAGCCCUCUGGAAGACAAAUUGGGAAGUUGAGCCACAGCAAUCCAACCAUUUUGUUUGAUUAUAUCUUGUCACAAAUACAGAAGUAUGAUAACUUAAUAACACCUGUAGUAGAUUCAUUGAAAUACCUCACUUCAUUGAAUUAUGACGUCUUGGCCUAUUGUAUCAUUGAAGCUUUAGCUAAUCCAGAAAAGGAGAGAAUGAAACAUGAUGACACAACCAUCUCAAGCUGGCUUCAGAGUCUGGCUAGUUUCUGUGGUGCAGUUUUUUGUAAAUAUCCAAUUGAUCUUGCUGGUCUUCUUCAAUAUGUGGCUAAUCAGCUAAAGGCAGGCAAAAGUUGUGACCUGCUUAUAUUGAAAGAAGUGGUACAGAAAAUGGCAGGCAUAGAAAUUAUAGAAGAAAUGACAAUGGAGCAACUAGAGGCCAUGACUGGUGGAGAGCAACUAAAAGCUGAGGGUGGUUACUUUGGCCAGAUAAGAAACACUAAAAAAUCCUCCCAGAGAUUAAAGGAUGCACUAUUAGACCAUGAUCUUGCUCUUCCUCUCUGUUUGCUUAUGGCUCAGCAGAGGAAUGGAGUAAUCUUUCAGGAAGGUGGAGAGAAACAUUUGAAACUUGUGGGAAAGCUCUAUGAUCAGUGUCAUGAUACCCUGGUACAGUUUGGUGGGUUUUUAGCAUCUAAUCUAAGCACAGAGGAUUAUAUAAAGCGAGUGCCUUCAAUUGAUGUGCUCUGUAAUGAAUUUCACACACCCCAUGAUGCAGCAUUUUUCCUGUCUAGGCCAAUGUAUGCACACCAUAUUUCGUCCAAGUAUAAUGAACUUAAAAAAUCAGAGAAGGGAAAUAAACAGCAACAUAAAGUUCACAAGUACAUUACAUCAUGUGAAAUGGUGAUGGCUCCUGUGCAUAAAGCAGUGGCUUCCUUACAUGUUUCCAAAGUCUGGGAUGACAUCAGCCCUCAAUUCUAUGCCACGUUCUGGUCAUUGACAAUGUAUGACCUUGCAGUUCCACAUACCAGCUAUGAACGGGAAGUCAAUAAACUUAAAGUCCAGAUGAAAGCAAUUGAUGACAAUCAGGAAAUGUCUCCAAACAAAAAGAAAAAAGAGAAGGAGCGAUGUACUGCCCUUCAGGACAAGCUUCUUGAAGAAGAAAAGAAGCAGAUGGAACAUGUACAGCGAGUGCUACAGAGACUGAAACUGGAAAAGGACAAUUGGCUUUUAGCAAAAUCUACCAAAAAUGAGACCAUCACAAAAUUUCUACAGCUGUGUAUAUUUCCUCGAUGCAUUUUUUCAGCAAUUGAUGCUGUUUACUGUGCUCGUUUUGUUGAAUUGGUACAUCAACAGAAAACUCCAAAGUUUUCCACACUUCUUUGCUCUGAUCGAGUUUUCUCUGAUAUAAUUUACACAGUUGCAAGCUGUACUGAAAAUGAAGCUAGUCGAUAUGGAAGAUUCCUUUGCUGCAUGUUAGAGACUGUGACCAGGUGGCACAGUGAUAGAGCCACAUAUGAAAAGGAAUGUGGAAAGUAUCCAGGAUUUCUUACUAUAUUACGGGCAACUGGUUUUGAUGGUGGAAAUAAAGCUGAUCAAUUAGACUAUGAAAAUUUUCGACACGUUGUACAUAAAUGGCAUUACAAACUAACCAAGGCAUCGGUACAUUGCCUUGAAACAGGCGAAUGUACUCACAUCAGGAAUAUCUUGAUUGUGCUAACAAAAAUACUUCCUUGGUACCCAAAAGUUUUGAAUCUGGGUCAGGCUUUGGAAAGAAGAGUGCAUAAAAUCUGCCAAGGGGAGAAAGAGAAGAGGCCAGAUCUAUAUGCAUUGGCUAUGGGCUACUCUGGGCAGUUGAAAAGUAGAAAGUCAUACAUGAUACCUGAAAAUGAGUUUCAUCACAAAGACCCCCCUCCGAGGAAUGCAAUUGCCAGUAUACAAAAUGGGCCUUGUAGUGGGCUUUCUUCAUCGUCAACAGGAAGUGCAUGUAAAUCGGUUGAAAGCAGUAACGAUGAGACUGAUAAAUCAAGGGAGAGAUCUCAGUGUGGUGUGAAAGCAGUUAAUAAAGCUUCUAAUGCCACACCAAAAGGGAAUUCAAGCAAUGGAAAUAGUGGCUCUAACAGCAAAGCUGUUAAAGAAAAUGACAAAGAAAAAGGGAAAGAGAAAGAACAAGAGAAAAAAGAAAAGACUCCAGCUACUACUCCAGAGGCCCGAGUACUUGGUAAAGAUGGUAAAGAAAAACCAAAGGAAGAACGGCCAAGUAAAGAUGAAAAAGCAAGAGAGAUGAAGGAAAGAACACCUAAGUCUGACAAAGAGAAAGAAAAAUUCAAGAAGGAAGGAAAAGCUAAAGAUGAGGAAUUCAAGACCACUGUCCCCAGUGCAGAAUCAAAGUCGACUCAAGAAAAGGAAAGAGAGAAAGAGCCAUCCAGAGAAAGAGAUAUAACAAAGGAAAUGAAAUUAAAGGAAAAUGUUAAAGGAGGAGAAAAAACGCCAGUUUCUGGGUCCUUGAAGUCACCUGUUCCCCGAUCAGAUAUUGCAGAGGUUGAAAGGGAACUAAAACGUCACAAAAUUGAUACCUACCCUUCUCCAUCACAUUGCUCAACAGUACUUCCCAAAGUUCCUCUGGGUUCUGAGAACUAUGCCAGCUCACCUGUCAUCUCCAUUCAUUUUCUACAGGACAGUCUCAUCGAACUCAAGGAAUCUUCAGCAAAGCUCUACAUUAGUCAUACUCCUCCACCACUGUCCAAGAGUGAGGAGAGAGAAAUGGACAAGAAAGAUUUGGACAAGUCGAGGGAAAGAUCCAGAGAAAGAGAAAAAAAAGAUGAAAAGGACAGGAAAGAGCGGAAAAGGGAUCACUCAGACAAUGACCGAGAAGUGCCACUGGACUUACUAACCAAGAGGCGGAGAGAGGAACAUGGAACAAUGGGGGUUUCAAAACACAAAAGUGAGAGUCCGUGUGAGUCUCCUUAUCCAAAUGAGAAAGACAAGGAAAAAAAUAAGUCAAAAUCGUCAGGCAAAGAAAAAGGCAGUGACUCAUUUAAAUCUGAAAAAAUGGAUAAAAUCUCCUCUGGUGGCAAAAAGGAGUCCAGGCAUGAUAAAGGAAAGAUAGAAAAGAAAGAGAAAUGGGACAGUUCAGGAGGAAAGGAAGAGAAGAAACAGUCCUCGGACAAGCACAGAUAAUGAAGACUUUCAAUCAAGGGUAUGGACAGACCCCUAAGCUAAAGGUCUCCUAGAGGAGGAUGCCAAAGCUCCAUGCGUCACUCUCAGAAUGAUAUCUCCUAUAAUUGAGAGCUUCUGGUGCUGUCCAUUUAAUGGGAAUCUGCUUUAAAUCAGAAGAUGA